AUGGAUAUACCACAAAAGAACAUUCUGCAUGGUCAAAAUCAGAAUGAAGCAAUUGUAGUAGGAUUCGAAGCUCCAAAAUCUCCUGACGCUAGCUACAAUAAUCUCUAUCCUGAAGACAACUAUGCAAAAGGACCUCCUACAGUCCCAAAUCACCUGGAUGACACAUUGCUAAACUCCUCAGCUAGUAGUGACCUUCCUGGAUCACUUCCCCUGCCACAUAAUGCGGUUCUCAACCAUGUUUACUGCGAGAACAGAGAAAAUGAAGGACCAGUAGUGGCACUUGGACUCACGCAUCGCUUUCGUGAAAAGUUUGUUACUGUUGUGCUCUACAAACCAGCCCCUCGCUGUGGAAGUACAAGUAAUUAA